AUGUCUUUCGUUCAUCGUGAUCUCGCCUCAAGAAACUGCCUUGUUGGAGACCAGCGAAUUAUUAAAAUUGCUGAUUUUGGUCUUAUGAGAUCUUGUUACGAUGGUGAUUAUUACAAGAUGGUGCAUCGCUCAUGGAUGCCUGUGCGUUGGAUGGCCAAGGAAGCACUGGAACAGGGACGAUUCAGUGAAGCGUCUGAUGUUUGGUCGUUUGGCGUAACGUUGUGGGAGAUUUGGAGUUACGGUCGUCAACCUUACGGCUCUGCAUCGAAUCAGACCGUAAUCGAAUUGAUCGCUAAUAGGCACCUUCUGGAAUGUCCACCAAAUUGUCCCACCAACAUCUACGGGUUAAUGAUCGAAUGUUGGAAUGCAAAUCCAGAACGACGGCCGUCCUUCUCGGAGAUUCACAGCCGAUUACAAUCUUGGUCCGUUGUCAGUCCAGCUCACUCGAUACUACACAAUCAGCGGACAAGCGCUAGCUCACAGAGUGGUAAAAAUUCAUAG